AUGCGAUUUUUACUCACCAUAAUUAUUUUAUUAGCAAGUGCUCUUGUUGAAAUAACUUCAGCUGUACAAUGUGGAGACAUAAAUUUCAAUGAUGGUCAGUUGCAUUUAGAACAGUGUACUGGUUCAGUGAAUUGGAUGCCUCCUUGGGCAGUUCUAGCUUUCAAAGACGAAACCGAUUUUGAACCACGAAAUGAAAAAACUAGCCAUUAUAUUGCUAAACCUUCGGGCAGCUGGGCAGAUGUCUGUGGAGAAACGGAAUCCUAUGUAGCUGAUGAAUAUUCUUACGUUGUAGUAGGAUUUUAUAUUGAAAAACUCGGCGUACAAGGAUAUGGAGAUAUCAUUCUUGAAAUAUUCAUCGAUGGUGAUAAAGAGAUUGAAAAGAAAAUACCAUAUACAAUUACGGCAAAGGAAUGGAGAGAAGAAAAAAUAAAAGUGACUAAAAGUGGUUCACUAAAGGUACGCUUAACUCUAGAAACAAAUGAUAAUAUAAAGGCAGGCAUUGACUACGUUAGGAUAUAUAAUACAAAAAGCGAUAUUGAUGAAUGUAUGUUGCAAUUAGACACAACUACAAAUAUGCCAACUACGACUAUUCGUGCACCAAUCACAACUACGGAACCAAGAGCUACAACUGACACAACACCGAUUACAAGUAAACAAUCCUUGACUACAAGUGAACCACUCUCGACUACAAACGAGCAAAACUUUACUAUUAGUAAAUCGCCCUCGACUACAAGUGAACAACCCUUCACUACAACUAAUUUACCCUCGACUACGAAUGACCCGUCCUCUACUAGAAGUGCAAAGCCCUUCACUACAACUAAAUUACCUUCGACUACAAAUGACCCGUCUUCCACUACAAGUGACCAACCCCCUACCACAACUAAAUUACCCUUGAUUACAAAUGACCCGUCUUUCAAUACAAGUGAGCCACCCACUACUACAAGUAAACAACCCUCCACUACAACUGAAUUACCUUCGACUACGAAUGACCCGUCUUCCACUACAAGUGAACAAACCUUCACUACAACUAAAUUACCCUCGACUACAAAAGACCCGUCUUCCACUACAAGUGAGCCAACCACUACUACAAGUGAACAACCCUUCACUACAACUAAAUUACCCUCGACUACAAAUGACCCGUCUUCCACUACAAGUGAACAACCCUUCACUACAACUAAAUUACCCUCGACUACAAAUGAUCCGUCUUCCACUACAAGUGAGCCACCCACUACCACAAUUAAACUACCCUCAACUACAAAUGACCCGUCUACCACUACAAGUGAACCACCCACUACUACAAGUGAACAACCCUUCACUACAACUAAAUUACCUUCGAUCACAAAUGACCCGUCUUCCACUACAAGUGAACAACCCUUCACUACAACUGAAUUACCCUUGACUACAAAUGACCCGUCCUUCACUACAAGUGAACAACCCUUCACUACAACUAAAUUACCCUCGACUACGAAUGACCCGUCCUCCACUACAAGUGAGCCACCCACUACUACAAAUGAGCCAUCCACUACUACAAGUGAACGACCCUUCACUACAACUAAAUUAACUUCGACUACAAAUGACCCGAAUUCCACUAUAAGUGAACAACCCUUCACUACUACUAAAUUUCCCUCGACUACGAAUGACCCGUCUUCCGCUACAACUGAACAAGCAUUCACUACAACUAAAUUACCUUCGACUACAAAUGACGCGUCUUCCACUACAAGUGUACAACCUCCUACCACAACUAAAUUACCCUCGACUACAAAUGACCAGGCUUCCACUACAAGUGAGCCACCCACUACUACAAGUAAACAACCCUUUACUACAACUGAAUUACCCUUGACUACGAAUGACCCGUCUUCUACUAUAAGUGAACAACCCUUCACUACAACUAAAUUACCUUCGACUACAAAUGACCCGUCUUCCACUACAAGUGAGCUACCCAAUACUACAAGUGAACAACCCUUCACUACAACUAAAUUACCCUCGACUACAAAUGAUCCGUCUUCCACUACAAGUGAACAACCUUUCACUACAACUAAAUUACCCUUGACUACAAAUGACCCGUCUUCCACUACAACUGAACAACCCUUCACUACAACUAAAUUACCCUCAACUACAAAUGAUCCUUCUUCCGCUACAAGUGAGCCACCCAUUACUACAAGUGAACAACCCUUCACUACAACUAAAUUACCCUCAACUACAAAUGACCCGUCUUCCACUACCAGUGAGCAACCCACUACCACAACUAAAUUACCCUCGACUACAAAUGACCCGUCUUCCACUACAAGUGAGCCACCCACUACUACAAGUGAACAAACCUUCACUACAACUAAAUUACCCUCGACUACAAAUGAUCCGUCUUCCACUACAAGUGAACAACCACCCACCACAACUAAAUUACCCUCGACUACAAAUGACCCGUCUUCCACUACAAGUGAGCCACCCAAUACUACAAGUGAACAACCCUUCACUACAACUAAAUUACCCUCGACUACAAAUGACCCGUCUUCCACUACAAGUGAGCCGCCCACUACUACAAGUGAACAACCCUUCACUACAACUAAAUUAUCCUCGACUACGAAUGACCCGUCUUCCACUACAACUAAACAACCCUUCACUACAACUAAAUUACCUUCGACUACAAAUGACCCGUCUUCCACUACAAGUGAACAACCCACUACCACAACUAAAUUACCCUCGACUACAAAUGACCCGUAUUCCACUACAAGUGGGCCACCCACUACUACAAGUGAACAACCCUUCACUACAACUAAAUUACCCUCGACUACAAAUGACCCGUCUUCCACUACAAGUGAGCCGCCCACUACUACAAGUGAACAACCCUUCACUACAACUAAAUUACCCUCGACUACAAAUGACCCGUCUUCCACUACAAGUGAGCCGCCCACUACUACAAGUGAACAACCCUUCACUACAACUAAAUUACCCUCGACUACAAAUGACCCGUCUUCCACUACAAGUAACAAUCCUUUCACUACAACUAAAUUACCCUCAACUACAAAUGACCCGUCUUCCACUACAAGUGAACAACCCACUACCACAACUAAAUUACCCUCGACUACAAAUGACCCGUCUUCCACUACAAUUGAGCCACCCAUUACUACAAGUAAACAACCCUUCACUACAACUAAAUUACCCUCAACUACAAAUGACCCGUCUUCCACUACCAGUGAGCAACCCACUACCACAACUAAAUCACCCUCGACUACAAAUGACCCGUCUUCCACUACAAGUGAGCCAUCCACUACUACAAGUGAACAACCCUUCACUACAACUAAAUUACCCUCGACUACAAAUGACCCGUCUUCCACUACAAGUGAGCCACCCACUACUACAAGUGAACAACCCUUCACUACAACUAAAUUACCCUCGACUACAAAUGACCCGUCUUCCACUACAAGUGAACAACCCUUCACUACAACUAAAUUACCUUCGACUACAAAUGACCCGUCUUCCACUACAAGUGUACAACCUCCUACCACAACUAAAUUACCCUCGACUACAAAUGACACGUCUUCCACUACAAGUGAGCCACCCACUACUACAAGUGAACAAUCCUUCACUACAACUGAAUUACCCUCGACUACAAAUGACCCGUCUUCCACUACAAGUGAGCCACCCACUACUACAAGUGAACAACACUUCACUACAACUAAAUUACCCUCGACUACAAAUAACCCGUCUUCCUCUACAAGUGAGCCACCCACGACUGCAAGUGAACAACCAUUCACUACAACUAAAUUACCAUCGACUACAAAUUACCCGUCUUCCACUACAAGUGAACAACCCUUCACUACAACUAAAGUACCCUCGACUACUAAUGACCCGUCCUCCACUACAAGUGAACAACCCUUCACUACAACUAAAUUACCCUCGACUACAAAUAACCCGUCUUCCACUACAAGUGAGCCACCCACUACUACAAGUGAACAACCCUUCACUACAACUAAAUUACCUUCGACUACAAAUGAUCCCUCUUCCACUACAAGUGUACAACCCCCUACCACAACUAAAUUACCCUCGACUACAAAUUACCCGUCUUCCACUACAAGUGAGCCACCCACUACUACAAGUGAACAACCCUUCACUACAACUAAAUUACCCUCGACUACGAAUGACCCGUCUUCCACUACAACUGAACAACCCUUCACUACAACUAAAUUACCUUCGACUACAAAUGACCCGUCUUCCACUACAAGUGUACAACCACCUACCACAAGUGAACAACCCUUCACUACAACUAAAUUACCCUCGACUACAAAUGAUCCGUCUUCCACUACAAGUGAACAACCCUUCACUACAACUAAAUUACCCUCGACUACAAAUGACCCGUCUUCCACUACAAGUGAACAACCCUUCACUACAACUAAAUUACCUUCGACUACAAAUGACCCGUCUUCCACUACAAGUGUACAACCACCUACCACAACUAAAUUACCCUCGACUACAAAUGACCCGUCUUCCACUACAAGUGAGCCACCCAAUACUACAAAUGAACAACCCUUCACUACAACUAAAUUACCCUCGACUACAAAUGACCCGUCUUCCACUACAAGUGAGCCGCCCACUACUACAAGUGAACAACCCUUCACUACAACUAAAUUAUCCUCGACUACGAAUGACCCGUCUUCCACUACAACUGAACAACCCUUUACUACAACUAAAUUACCUUCGACUACUAAUGACCCGUCUUCCACUACAAGUGUACAUCCUCCUACCACAACUAAAUUACCCUCGACUACAAAUGACCCGUCUUCCACUACAAGUGAGCCACCCACUACUACAAGUGAACAACACUUCACUACAACUAAAUUACCCUCGACUACAAAUAACCCGUCUUCCACUACAAGUGAGCCACCCACGACUGCAAGUGAACAACCAUUCACUACAACUAAAUUACCAUCGACUACAAAUUACCCGUCUUCCACUACAAGUGAACAACCCUUCACUACAACUAAAGUACCCUCGACUACUAAUGACCCGUCCUCCACUACAAGUGAACAACCCUUCACUACAACUAAAUUACCCUCGACUACAAAUAACCCGUCUUCCACUACAAGUGAGCCACCCACUACUACAAGUGAACAACACUUCACUACAACUAAAUUACCCUCGACUACAAAUAACCCGUCUUCCACUACAAGUGAGCCACCCACGACUGCAAGUGAACAACCAUUCACUACAACUAAAUUACCAUCGACUACAAAUUACCCGUCUUUCACUACAAGUGAACAACCCUUCACUACAACUAAAGUACCCUCGACUACUAAUGACCCGUCCUCCACUACAAGUGAACAACCCUUCACUACAACUAAAUUACCCUCAACUACAAAUGAUCCUUCUUCCACUACAAGUGAGCCACCCACUACUACAAGUGAACAACCCUUUACUACAACUAAAUUACCCUCGACUACAAAUGAUCCGUCUUCCACUACAAGUGAACAACCCUUCACUACAACUAAAUUACCCUUGACUACAAAUGACCCGUCUUCCACUACAACUGAACAACCCUUCACUACAACUAAAUUACCUUCGACUACAAAUGAUCCCUCUUCCACUACAAGUGUACAACCCCCUACCACAACUAAAUUACCCUCGACUACAAAUUACCCGUCUUCCACUACAAGUGAGCCACCCACUACUACAAGUGAACAACCCUUCACUACAACUAAAUUACCCUCGACUACGAAUGACCCGUCUUCCACUACAACUGAACAACCCUUCACUACAACUAAAUUACCUUCGACUACAAAUGACCCGUCUUCCACUACAAGUGUACAAUCACCUACCACAACUAAAUUACCCUCGACUACAAAUGACCCGUCUUCCACUACAAGUGAGCCACCCACUACUACAAGUGAACAACCCUUCACUACAACUAAAUUACCCUCGACUACAAAUAACCCGUCUUCCACUACAAGUGAGCCGCCCACUACUACAAGUGAACAACCCUUCACUACAACUAAAUUACCCUCGACUACAAAUGACCCGUCUUCCACUACAAGUGAGCCGCCCACUACUACAAGUGAACAACCCUUCACUACAACUAAAUUACCCUCGACUACGAAUGACCCGUCUUCCACUACAAGUAACAAUCCUUUCACUACAACUAAAUCACCCUCAACUACAAAUGACCCGUCUUCCACUACAAGUGAACAACCCACUACCACAACUAAAUUACCCUCGACUACAAAUGACCCGUCUUCCACUACAAUUGAGCCACCCAUUACUACAAGUAAACAACCCUUCACUACAACUAAAUUACCCUCAACUACAAAUGACCCGUCUUCCACUACCAGUGAGCAACCCACUACCACAACUAAAUUACCCUCGACUACAAAUGACCCGUCUUCCACUACAAGUGAGCCAUCCACUACUACAAGUGAACAACCCUUCACUACAACUAAAUUACCCUCGACUACAACUUCGACUACAAAUGACCCGUCUUCCACUACAAGUGUACAACCUCCUACCACAACUAAAUUACCCUCGACUACAAAUGACACGUCUUCCACUACAAGUGAGCCACCCACUACUACAAGUGAACAACCCUUCACUACAACUGAAUUACCCUCGACUACAAAUGACCCGUCUUCCACUACAAGUGAGCUACCCACUACUACAAGUGAACAACACUUCACUACAACUAAAUUACCCUCGACUACAAAUAACCCGUCUUCCUCUACAAGUGAGCCACCCACGACUGCAAGUGAACAACCGUUCACUACAACUAAAUUACCAUCGACUACAAAUAACCCGUCUUCCACUACAAGUGAGCCACCCACGACUACAUCUGAACAACCCUUCACUACAACUAAAUUACCUUCGACUACAAAUGACCCGUCUUCCACUACAAGUGUACAACCCCCUACCACAACUAAAUUACCCUCGACUACAAAUGACCCGUCGUCCACUACAAGUGAGACACCCACUACUACAAGUAAACAACCUUUCACUACAACUAAAUUACCCUCGAAUACGAAUGACCCGUCUUCCACUACAACUGAACAACCCUUCACUACAACUAAAUUACCUUCGACUACAAAUGAUCCCUCUUCCACUACAAGUGUACAACCCACUACCACAACUAAAUUACCCUCGACUACAAAUUACCCGUCUUCCACUACAAGUGAGCCACCCACUACUACAAGUGAACAACCCUUCACUACAACUAAAUUACCCUCGACUACGAAUGACCCGUCUUCCACUACAACUGAACAACCCUUCACUACAACUAAAUUACCUUCGACUACAAAUGACCCGUCUUCCACUACAAGUGUACAACCACCUACCACAACUAAAUUACCCUCGACUACAAAUGACCCGUCUUCCACUACAAGUGAGCCACCCACUACUACAAGUGAACAACCCUUCACUACAACUAAAUUACCCUCGACUACAAAUGACCCGUCUUCUACUACAAGUGAACAACCCUUCACUACAACUAAAUUACCCUCGACUACAAAUGACCCGUCUUCCACUACAAGUGAGCCGUCCACUACUACAAGUGAACAACCCUUCACUACAACUAAAUUACCCUCGACUACGAAUGACCCGUCUUCCACUACAAGUAACAAUCCUUUCACUACAACUAAAUUACCCUCAACUACAAAUGACCCGUCUUCCACUACAAGUGAACAACCCACUACCACAACUAAAUUACCCUCGACUACAAAUGACCCGUCUUCCACUACAAUUGAGCCACCCAUUACUAUAAGUAAACAACCCUUCACUACAACUAAAUUACCCUCAACUACAAAUGACCCGUCUUCCACUACCAGUGAGCAACCCACUACCACAACUAAAUUACCCUCGACUACAAAUGACCCGUCUUCCACUACAAGUGAGCCAUCCACUACUACAAGUGAACAACCCUUCACUACAACUAAAUUACCCUCGACUACAAAUGACCCGUCUUCCACUACAAGUGAGCCACCCACUACUACUAGUGAACAACCCUUAACUACAACUAAAUUACCCUCGACUACAAAUGACCCGUCUUCCACUACAAGUGAACAACCCUUCACUACAACUAAAUUACCUUCGACUACAAAUGACCCGUCUUCCACUACAAGUGUACAACCUCCUACCACAACUAAAUUACCCUCGACUACAAAUGACACGUCUUCCACUACAAGUGAGCCAUCCACUACUACAAGUGAACAACCCUUCACUACAACUGAAUUACCCUCGACUACAAAUGACCCGUCUUCCACUACAAGUGAGCUACCCACUACUACAAGUGAACAACACUUCACUACAACUAAAUUACCCUCGACUACAAAUAACCCGUCUUCCUCUACAAGUGAGCCACCCACGACUGCAAGUGAACAACCGUUCACUACAACUAAAUUACCAUCGACUACAAAUAACCCGUCUUCCACUACAAGUGAGCCACCCACGACUACAUCUGAACAACCCUUCACUACCACUAAAUUACCUUCGACUACAAAUGACCCGUCUUCCACUACAAGUGUACAACCCCCUACCACAACUAAAUUACCCUCGACUACAAAUGACCCGUCGUCCACUACAAGUGAGACACCCACUACUACAAGUAAACAACCCUCCACUACAACUAAAUUACCCUCGAAUACGAAUGACCCGUCUUCCACUACAACUGAACAACCCUUCACUACAACUAAAUUACCUUCGACUACAAAUGACCCGUCUUCCACUACAAGUGUACAACCACCUACCACAACUAAAUUACCCUCGACUACAAAUGGCCCGUCUUCCACGACAAGUGAGCCACCCACUACUACAAGUGAGCAACCCUUCACUACAACUAAAUUACCCUCGACUACAAAUAACCCGUCUUCCACUACAAGUGAGCCACCCACGACUACAAGUGAACAACCCUUCACUACAACUAAAUUACCCUCGACUACAAAUAACCCGUCUUCCACUACAAGUGAACCACCCACGACUACAUCUGAACAACCCUUCACUACAACUAAAUUACCUUCGACUACAAAUGACCCGUCUUCCACUACAAGUGUACAACCUCCUACUACAACUAAAUUACCCUCGACUACGAAUGACCCGUCUGCCACUACAAGUGAACAACCCUUCACUACAACUAAAUUACCUUCGACUACAAAUGACCCGUCUUCCACUACAAGUGAACAACCCACUACCACAACUAAAUUACCCUCGACUACAAAUGACCCGUCUUCCACUACAAGUGAGCCACCCACUACUACAAGUGAACAACCCUUCACUACAACUAAAUUACCCUCGGCUACGAAUGACCCGUCUUCCACUACAAGUGAACAACCCUUCACUACAACUAAAUUUCCUUCGACUACAAAUGACCCGUCUUCCACUACAAGUGAGCCACCCACUACUACAAGUGAACAACCCUUCACUACAACUAAAUUACCCUCGACUACAAAUGACCCGUCUUCCACUACAAGUGAGCCGCCCACUACUACAAGUAAACAACCCUUCACUACAACUAAAUUACCCUCGACUACGAAUGACCCGUCUUCCACUACAAGUAACAAUCCCUUCACUACAACUAAAUUACCCUCAACUACAAAUGACCCGUCUUCCACUACAAGUGAACAACCCACUACCACAACUAAAUUACCCUCGACUACAAAUGACCCGUCUUCCACUACAAUUGAGCCACCCAUUACUACAAGUGAACAACCCUUCACUAUAACUAAAUUACCCUCAACUACAAAUGACCCGUCUUCCACUACCAGUGAGCAACCCACUACCACAACUAAAUUACCCUCGACUACAAAUGACCCGUCUUCCACUACAAGUGAGCCACCCACUACUACAAGUGAACAACCCUUCACUACAACUAAAUUACCCUCGACUACAAAUGACCCGUCUUCCACUACAAGUAACAAUCCCUUCACUACAACUAAAUUACCCUCAACUACAAAUGACCCGUCUUCCACUAUAAGUGCACAAACCACUACUACAAGUAAACCAUCGGUCACCACAGAUGUAUCAACGACAGCCUCGAAUGCAACAACUUCGGCUACAAAUUCACCGUCCACAACGUCAGAAACACCCUCCACCAAUAAUACCACCACAACAGUUGCCGCAGUUCCUUCAACUUCGGCCUCCAGCAAUAUACAAACCACAAUGGGUAUCAGCACAACUAUAAACAGUUCUUCAACUUCUAUUUAUUCCACUUCUGAUUCCAGUAUAGGUCUAACCACUACUAACACACCACCAACCACGUCCAACAAGAAGGAUUCUGUGGACAACACUCUGAUUGCUAUAACUGCUGCAGUUUCAGCGGCAGUAGCAGUUUUUGUCACAGUUUCUUGUAUAGUUCUUUUCAAAAGAUAUAAGCAUUUGCCAAGUGCAAACCAAACCAAUCUGUUAGCAUAG